GACCACGAGCACUGGGAGUCUCAGAGCACCAGAGACCCACAGAAUGUGGACAUAAGAGAAUUUCUGCUCUAGGAUGGACAGCCAGUCACUGCCCAGCGCAGAGAGGUAGCUGGCUGCUGGGGACUAUCCCCACGUGGGGUCUUUGUUCCCCCACCUUGCUUCACAGUUAGGGAGGGUCUCGGGGUGAAUAGCUGGUGCUGGCCCAGUACCUGGGACAUAUAGGGCCAACUCUGAGCCCAGUACCCCUUCCAGAGGGGCUAGUGUGGGGAGCUGGCCACUUGGCCCACCCUAUCUUGCUCUUUGGUUCCUGUGGGUUGUGGGAGGGGCAGGAGACCAAAGAGCUGGCUGUGGUUGCCCUCACACCCUCCCUGGACCCCAGUCCUCAUGACAGACAAGGCAGGUGGGCAGCUGCCACCAGACGAGGCACUUGAUGAGGCAGUGCUGGGGUACCAGGCCCCAGGACAGAAGACCCUUCAAGAACUCCAGGAGCUGGACACAGACAAUGAGAGCCUGAGCAAGUACAAGCAGACGCUGCUGGGCCCUCUGCUGCCGGCCAAGGAUCCCAGCCUGCCCAACGUGCAGGUGAUGCGCCUGACGUUGAUGUCCCAACAAGCACCAGGGCCAAUCACCAUGGACCUGUCAGGAGACCUGACUGUGCUGAAAGACCACGUGUUUGUCCUGAAGGAGGGUGUGGACUACAGAGUUAAAAUCACCUUCAAGGUCAACAACGAGAUUGUCUGUGGCCUCAAGUGCCUGCAUCACACUUACAGAAAGGGGCUGCGUGUGGACAAGGCCGUGCACAUGGUAGGCAGCUACGGCCCGAGCUUCCAGGAAUACGAGUUCCUGACCCCUGUGGAGGAGGUGCCAAGGGGCGUGCUGGCUCGAGGGGCCUACGUGGUCUCAUCCUGCUUCACGGACGACGACCGGACGGCCCACCUGUCCUGGGAGUGGGGUCUCUGCAUCUGCAAGGAUUGGCAGGGCUGAGCCUGCCACCCUCCGGCUGCCUGCUGGCCCCUGAUCCCCAUCCCCUUGGUUGGUUUCAGCACAGGGACACCACCACCCCUCCCCGCCAUGCAGUCCCCAGUCCCCCAGUGGGAGCUCAGGUCCCUCGCCCCCUCCGAGAUUCCCUGACAUUCCCAUUAAACGUCACCUGCCUCUGUC